GCCCGGGAAUUCCGAAGGAGGGGUAGGCGCUGCCCGCGCGCAGAGGCCGCGCCCCUCCUGGCCCCGGCUUCUUGGCUGUCAAACAGAUGCAGCAACGUCGGCUCCGGCCGAGGAGCCCAAGGGGUCCCGGGACCCGCCGCACAGGCUGGCACUGCUUGAAGAGGAGGCUACUCGGAGACUGCGCCGCGCGGUGGAUUCAUUGCCCUCGGAGGUUCAACUAGUUAUGAGUGAGGGAUUGGCCAGAAGAUCGGGGCGCAGGCAAGCAGGAGUGCUCUAUUAGGAUAAGCAAGUUUGACAGGAAGAAGCUGCUCUUCUCCGAAUUACACAGAGAUUGGAGGCUCCCCAAAUAUUUUGCGAUCUGAGGAUCCAGCUCAAGUGAGGUGCCAUAGGACGUGUUCCUGAGUUUGCAUUGCACGGAGACCUUCCUGGAAUUUUUCAUUUGCAAGUCGGCUUAACCAAUUUUGCAUUGAGUCCUAGGCUGCUUGCACUCUGAAUUUGGGCUAUUCAGGUAGUGUGCUCAAAGUUGAAACCGCAUACAGCACAACUCAAGUUUGCAUCAGACUGGGAAGCGAAGUUAAGCCAGCGGUGCGUGGCCCAGGAGUGGGAAAGGAAAUGGAUGCCUGAAGUGGAAGAGGUGGUGCAGAGGGGGCACCGCCCAUGCUGCCCUGCUUUCAACUGCUGCGCAUAGGGGGCGGCAGGGGCGGUGAUCUCUACACCUUCCACCCCCCGGCCGGGGCUGGCUGCACCUAUCGCUUGGGCCACAGGGCCGACCUGUGUGAUGUGGCUCUGCGGCCCCAGCAGGAGCCUGGCCUCAUCUCUGGGAUCCACGCCGAACUGCAUGCCGAGCCCCGGGGUGAUGAUUGGAGGGUCAGCCUGGAAGACCACAGCAGCCAAGGUACUUUGGUCAAUAAUGUCCGACUCCCAAGAGGUCACAGGCUGGAAUUGAGUGAUGGAGACCUCCUGACCUUUGGCCCUGAAGGGCCCCCAGGAACCAGCCCCUCGGAGUUCUACUUCAUGUUCCAACAAGUACGAGUCAAGCCUCAGGACUUUGCUGCCAUUACCAUCCCACGGUCUAGGGGAGAAGCCCGGGUUGGGGCUGGUUUCCGGCCUAUGCUGCCCUCCCAGGGGGCUCCACAGCGGCCUCUCAGCACGGUCUCCCCUGCCCCCAAGGCCACACUGAUCCUAAACUCCAUAGGCAGCCUCAGCAAGCUCCGGCCCCAGCCCCUCACCUUCUCCCCUAGUUGGGGUGGACCAAAGAGCCUGCCUGUUCCCGCCCCACCUGGGGAAGUGGGGACCACGCCUUCUGCUCCACCCCAACGCAAUCGGAGGAAAUCUGUUCACCGAGUGUUGGCGGAACUGGAUGAUGAGAGUGAGCCUCCUGAGAACCCGCCACCGGUCCUUAUGGAGCCCAGGAAGAAACUCCGUGUAGACAAAGCCCCACUGACUCCCACUGGAAAUCGACGUGGCCGUCCUCGGAAGUACCCAGUGAGCGCUCCCGUGGCUCCCCCUGCAGUUGGGGGCGGGGAGCCCUGUGCAGCUCCUUGUUGCUGCCUGCCCCAGGAAGAGACAGUGGCCUGGGUUCAGUGUGAUGGCUGUGACGUCUGGUUCCAUGUGGCCUGUGUUGGCUGCAGCAUCCAGGCUGCCAGGGAGGCCGACUUCCGAUGCCCAGGGUGCCGGGCUGGCAUCCAGACCUAAGGUCCACCGCCAAGGCACCAUCGGACACACCUGCCCAUGAGUAGACACAGCAGCGAGCAAAUGGGUCUGAUAAAUACCCCCCUUCCCUUCCCUCCCCAGGAGGGAAUGACUACAGGGAAGAAGGGUGGAUUGAUGUGGACUCAUUCAGGGCCUGGAGCAGACUCUGGUGGCCAAGGUGACAGAAGAGAUGGUUUCCUGCCAAAGAUAUUGCCACCUCCAGGAAAUUGCCAGUGAGCUGGAAGUUCCCACUAUUACAAGCUAUAAGGCCAUGUUGCCAUGGACACCAGAAUAUCUGUAGUCAGAGCACCUAUCAGUUGCAAAAGCCAUGCCUGCAACCGAUGGAAAAUGUAAGAGGGAGUUCUUAAGGUUCUUGGUGGCAUCACCCAAGGCAUUCUGGGAAAACCUAGGGCCUGGCCCCAAAACUUCCCUACUCUGUGGCUAGUCCUGCUGCCAACAAAAUCGUAGUGACCUGGCUUUUCACAGCUUUGCUUUUAUUUCCAAGUCAAGGACAAGCCGCUUCAUUCACUCCUGGGCAUUUACUCUUCUUGUGGGUCUGUGAUAUUCCUUGCUUUCCAGGGAGAAUGUGCUUGGCAAGGUCUGGAGAACUAAUUCAGAAUCUUAGGGGAAGGGGAGAGAUGGAAAUACAAACCUGCUUACUGGAAAGGUGCAAAUAUAUGGGUUGAGCUGGAGGUAGGAAUACAGGUAAUUAAGGUUUCUAGUUUAAGGGAAAACAGAUCUAUUGCCAUUUAAAUAAGUUAACUGGGAUUUGGUUAAGUUCACAAAGAUAGCAGAAGAUUUAUUUACAGGCUUCACCUGUACCGUCAGGGCAAGAGAAAGCCUGGUAAACCAGCUACAGCAGUUUACCAGCGUGAUGGCUGUGACACAGCUCCACUCCACGGGUGGACACAGCAGAGGGCAACUGGGCUGGCCUGGUCCAGUGUGAAUCAAACCGCUUAACCCACACAUGGUACAUGUGAUUUUCUUUUGUGAGCCUUACACCAAGCCAAACUAUUGUCAAAGCAUCAUUUCUAUAGAAAUAAAGCCUUAUCUUGACCUGUUCUAUUAAAA